GGUCAUCCGGAAGUGAUCGUCGGCCAGGCAGUUGCCAUGGUAGCGGCCCGGCGCGUUGCUGGGAGGAGGGAAGAUGGCGGUGACUAGCUGGCUGGAGACUCUGCGGUCGGCCGAGAAGACGGCGCUGCUGCAGGAUGGGAAGAGGAUGGUGCACUAUUUGUUCCCAGACGGGAAGGAAAUGGCGGAAGAAUACGAUGAGAAGACAAGCGAACUACUGGUGAGAAAGUGGCGAGUAAAAAAUGCCCUGGGAGCCUUGGGCCAAUGGCAGCUUGAAGUGGGAGAGCCAGUGCUCUCAGGAGCUGGAAGCCUGGGAUCCGACCUCAUCAAGGAAAGUAAUGCCAAUCCCAUCUUCAUGCGCAAGGACACCAAAACUAGUUUCCAGUGGCGGAUUCGCAAUCUCCCCUACCCAAAGGAUGUCUACAGUGUCUCUGUGGCUCAGAAGGAGCGCUGUGUCAUUGUUAGGACGACAAACAAAAAAUAUUACAAGAAGUUCUCCAUUCCUGACCUAGACAGACACCAGCUUCCUCUGGACGACUCUGCACUGAGCUUUGCUCACGCCAACUGCACCCUGAUAAUCUCUUACCAGAAGCCAAAGGAGGUCAUGGCAACUGAGUCAGAGCUACAGAAGGAGUUAAAGAAGGUAAAGACGGCCCACAGCAGUGAUGGGGACUGUAAGACCCAGUAAGCCCUGAGCCUUGCAGCCUCCAGUGUGGAGGAAGCUGGCAGACUUCCAGGC